CUUUCCGACUCCCCACAAGACCACCACCACCACCGGGUUAAUUUUCCUCAGCCAGAUCCAUGAUUUGCCCUCUCUAUUUGUAGAUCUAACCUGACCCUGGCCCCUGCCUAGCCCUUCCUCUUCCGCUCCAUGGAGGAGGCGGAGAAGGGGGAGAUCUUCGAGUGGAACACCAAGCCGAGCUCCAUGGAGGAGAUGGAGAAUGGGGAGAUCUUCGAGUGGAACACCAAGACGAGCUCCAUGGAGGAGGCGGAGAAGGGGGAGAUCUUCGAGAGGAACACCAAGCCGAGGUUGGAUGACCAUCCACAGGCAACGGUAGCGGGGGCUGCCAGCCUUUUGAACGUCGACCUCAUCCUGGAGAUCCUUUCCCGCCUCCCAGCCAGAUCCGUCCACCGCUUCAGGUGCGUCUCGGUGCUCGGGCGCGACCUCAUCGCCGACCCCACCAACUGCAAGAAGCUACCCCAGACCCUUGCCGGCUUCCUCUACACGUCCUUCUACAGCAGCGGGUAUCGCCACCACUUCACUGGCUUCUCCAACGGCGCAUCCCCCUUCGUCCCUUCCCUCCCUUACCUGCAUCCUAACAAGGAUGAGGGCAUCACCCAGGUGGACGCCUGCAACGACCUCCUUCUCUACAGCCGCUACAACAGCAGGGAUGAUUACCAUUUUGUUGUGUGCAAUCCCGCCACCGGGAGGUGGGUGGAGUUGCCACCUCAACCUCAAACGCAGGAGCCGAUGCACGGAUUUAACCAUACCGCGGGCUUGGCUUUCGAUCCAGUAGAGCCUGGAGUUAGAGGCAAUGGGAUAGUUGAGAAAGCUACCCUGUUCAGGAGUGAAUGUGUCUUUGUGGGCAGUAUGUUGUACAUCAUGGGUAACCUGGAGGACAUCAACAGCGAGUAUGUGCUGGUGGGGGUGGACAUGGAGGGGAAAGGGUACUUACACUAUGCUAUAGCUCCUGUCAAUAAUAACAAUGAACUCCUAGUUUCUGAGAUAGCACUCUGGUGCCUCAAGGAUUGUGACAGUAAUCAAUGGGUCCAGAAGCAUACUGCCAGCAUCGAUGAGCUUAUGAGCAUGACUGGACAGAAGUACAGGGUGGUUGGGAUUCAUCCAGAUUGCGACACCAUUUUCCUGGCUCAGUGUGGAGAACCAUUAGCAGAUGCUGAUGGGUAA